UGGCAUCCUCAAUCACCCCUCACCCCAUAUGCUCGGUUCAAUCAUCCAAGGAAGGGAGAGAAACUCUGAAAAUACUCCAUUUCCUCAUCCUUUCACGCACCAAGAACAAAGGAGGAAGAAGGAGGGGAAAAGAGAAGAGAAAAGGUUGUUUUGGAGAGGAAAACUUGUGUUUAGCAAGGUAUUCAAGGAACUUUCACGGAGUUGAAAAGGUCGCCGGAGUUGUCGCCGGAGUUCGUUGAAGUUCGCCGGAGUUUCGUCGGAGCUAAAUCGGGAAGGCUAGAACUUCAUAAGCUUCAUUAAGGUUGAGGCUAGAGUCCUACUACCUGCACCUUUGCCUAGGGUGACUGAUCGAGAAGGAAGACGUGAAAUGGAGGGUGGACGCAGGAUUACUAGGAGGAACCCGACAGGGCAUGUGCCGGGGGCCACCGGGCAUGCCACUCGGGCGGAAUCACGGACCUCUAGGGGUAGAGGCCGGGGCCAAAGCCGAGGAGGAGGCCGAGGCAGGGGUCGUGGGCGUUCUACAACGCCGACGGCAAGUAGCACGCGUGUCGGUUCUGUGCACCCAUCUAGGGCCACCGAACCGGACGAUUUCAUAUAUGCUCCAAGCACGGAGCAAGAGGAGACCCCGUACAACGGGGAGAACUUUGAGGAAGAAGAUGAGGAUGGUGAUCCUCAUUAUGACCGUAUGAGUGAGGUACUAGAAUGGUACCUCGAGAAUAAGACAAAGAGAGAACAGCGGCGCCAAGCUAGACAGGCUAGGCAGGCCAUGGGACAAGGAAGUCGGGGAGCUUCUAGUGCUCCAUCUGGAGCAUUUGGAGGAGACACGAUGGUGCGUAUCUCCAAGUACCUCAAGGAGGCCAGGGCCUUGGGGUGCAAAUCAUUUGAUGGCAAGGGCGACAUAUCUGAGGCCGCCGACUGGAUUAAGAAGCUGAAUGAUGCUUCUAGGGACAUGCAAAUUUCACUCGACGUGAAGUUGAGGGUUGCCACCAGGUUACUAGAAGGGGUAGCUGCUGUAUGGUGGGAAGGCGUGGAGGGAAAGUUCCACGGUGAAGCCACUUGGGAGGAAUUCGAAGUGGAGUUCUAUAAUCUGUACUACUCAACUUUUGAAGUCAAUCUCAAAAGAAGAGAGUACACGAACCUGAAACAGGAGGAUGGUUGCUCGGUGAGGCAAUUGGAACAAAGGUUCCGUGACUUGGCACGAUUCAUCCCGGAAUACUCAUUGGAUGAAAAUCGUAUGGCCAAUCACUUUUGGGAUGCUCUACAGUUGGACAUCCGUGACCGGGCUACUUACCAUCACAGUAUGACAUUUAGCC